GGCCAGAGAGAGGGAGAGAACUAGAAGCAGCAGCUGACGCGCGGGUCUGUGCCGCACCCUUCUGCUCCUCCUGCGCGCGUUUAUCUGCACAGGUAACAGCCUCUCAAAUUACCGGAAGCCAAAGAAAAGUACCAACCCAGAGACGGAGACUGUAUGACCUUCGCAUUUAACUUUUUAGGUGGUAAAAAAAAAAAAAGACUGAAAAGAAGCUUCGACACAACCUCCUCCAACACAACAGUUUCUGUGUUUUCUUUGCUCCUCUUGUUUUUCUCCGUGUUCAGAGUUUGUUGGGAACAAAGGGAUCCAGGUGCGGCAAUUGUUUCACAACUUAACAUGAUCUAAUCUGGAUAUCCUAGAGACGAGUUCACACUCAGUGAAAGGCUGAAAACGUGGAUCCAGACCUGCAAACAACCAGUACAGUAAAGGCCUCAGACUUCAAACUGGAUCCUACCAGUCCCCAUCUGUCCAUCUAAUGGCAUGCCGAUCUCCAAUCCAGCGAAGAGGGCAAGCCUGAUAUCUGCCCUACAACUUCCUCUUUGCGCCUUGCCUAACAAGUUUCUCUCCUCUCCAUUCUCUUCAUCUCCUCUCUGAUCCUACAUCCACCAGAGAUCUCAGAAUGGAUACGAGGACUAAUGAUGUUGACGGGUGCUAUUUCAACCGCAGUAUCGAUUUUUUCUACAAUCACAGUGGCAAGAACAUCAGCCCCUUCUGGCGCACACGAGACUAUGUGAUUGUCAGUCUGGGCAUGGGAGUUUGCUUCAUUGUUAUUUUUUCCAACCUUUUGGUCAUAGCCGCCAUUUUAAAAAACCGACGCUUUCACUUUCCCAUCUACUACCUGUUGGGUAAUCUGGCUUUGUCGGACCUCUUCUCAGGUGUUUCAUACCUCCACUUGAUGUUUCAUACUGGUCCCUGGACCAUUAAGCUGUCUAAGUACCAGUGGUUUGUGCGGCAGGGGCUGAUUGACACCAGUCUCACAGCCUCAGUACUCAGCCUCCUGGCAGUGGCCGUUGAGCGUCACCAGACCAUUUUCAACAUGCAACUGCACAGUAAUAUGAGCACCCGCCGGAUUCUCGUCAUCAUUGUGUUCAUCUGGCUGGUGGCGAUUAUACUGGGCCUGGUACCUACAGUGGGCUGGAACUGCCUGUGCGACUUAGACAAUUGCUCCACCAUGGCACCACUGUACAGCCGCAACUACCUGGUGUUCUGGGCUGUUCUCAAUUUGCUGACCUUCUCCAUAAUGGUGGUCGUCUACAUCCGGAUCUUCCUUUAUGUGAGGCACAAAUGCCAGCAGAUGUCACAGCACACAAACCAGAUAAAAUACAGAGAGACUGUGUUAAACCUGAUGAAGACAGUCCUUGCAAUCCUGGGCUGCUUUGUGAUCUGCUGGACGCCAGGUCUGGUUGUGCUGCUGCUCGACGGUCUGGGCUGUAAGGGUUGUAAGGUGCUAGAAGUCGAGAAGUACUUCCUGGUGCUGGCUGAGUGCAACUCCUUCGUCAACCCUAUCAUCUACUCCUUCAGGGACAAAGACAUGAGAAGCACCUUUAAGAAAAUCCUGUGUUGUCUUUGCCAGCGAGACAGGAACCCAAGAGGCUUCUCAGAAGUUCACUUUAACACCUUGGAGCAAGAGAAAUCCAAGCGUCAUACUGUCCAGAGGACAGAGGAGUGCAACGGGACACAUCUCAUACGUUAAGGCUCUGAAGACACCACUUCUUCUUCAGAGAACUGGAAUUUAACAGUGCAUUUACAGCAUGCUCAAGACAUGCAUACUCAACUGACAGGUGAAGUCUGCUGACCUGUGCAUGGCUAAAUGAACAAGAUUCAAGAAGUGUUUCUCCCCAGUCAACAGAGUGACAUGGAUCAUUCUUUUUCCUCUGUUCCCAGUUGACAGGGGUUUACUGAAUGUAUGUAUUUAUAAGGGAAAGAACUGACUUUCAGUACUAGUUGGUACUGUUAACAGCCCUGUCAGCAGAUGUAAGGAGGCAUCCCCCCCCUCUCUAACUACUUGCCCUUUUACUGAACAUGAGGAACUGUUUAAGACACUGACUCAAUGUUGAGAUGCUGUCACAGGAACAUCUGGAAGACGUUGACAGUGAACAGAAGAAAUGACUAAAAAUAUGUAGCCGGUUACAAAGCAUGUUAUGUGGAAUGUAAAUGGCUAAUAAGCCCUGGCACGCCAUGUGUAUACAAGUGCUAUAGGUUGUCAGUUUUGUCAGGUGAACUGAGCUCAAAAUAAUUUAGCUGUUAAUGUAAUAAAACAAGUUCAAAUACUCUUCCAUUAAUCAGUUUUUGCUGAUAUUGCUUUAAACUUUGAUCAGAGAAGCCUUUAGUGAAGCUGUGGUAAAGAUGUAUAACAGCCUAUAGUGCAAAAGAUUGUGUUAGAUUUUUGCUAAAGGUGAACUAACAGCUCGGUGUGUGAAA